AUGGACCAGAACGAAGAUGAAGAUGAAGAAGAUUCACCCACACCUAGUCUCAUACCAAGCUUAUCGCUGCUCGAAACGCACCUCUCCCAUCUCGUUCCAGUGCUUCAACCAAGCGAAAGCAUUCCAAUCUAUCGUUCAAUUGCCCGCAAUGUCUCGCAGCACAUAGUGGAUCGAGUCAUCAUUUCAGGUAAGUCCAUCCAUCGCGAUACUUUCUAUGCUCUCCUCUCUCUCUCUCUGUCUUCCGCUAGCGAGAUGUCCAGCUGCACUUUCAUACUGAUCGCAUGGCGUCCAACGUAUUGCACUUUUUGUAGGUGGAUCACACAGAUUUGAUCAAGCAGGAGCUUUACGUUUCGAGCGUGACUAUACAAGCGGCUGGAUGUCCGUUUUGAAUUCCCUAUCCACACUGGCGCAAGAUCAAGUUAGCUCGGGACAAUUGACAGGUUUAGGAAGACAACCCGAAGCAGCUUGGCGUCAUUUGCGCGAUACCAUUCUUCUUCUCAAUCUCUCCGCCGCCAACGUCGAUCAGACAUCCUCUUCGACCGCUUCCAGUACGCUCCAGCACGUGGAGCGUCAGAGGAGCCAGCUUCUGUCUACCGAUGCGAGGAAAAAGUGGACAUUGGCUCGUGCCACUAGAGCUCUUUUCGAUGAGGACCCAGCAAACGAUACGAGAGGUUGGGUCGCGCUCAAACAAGACCUCGGAAUUGCGGAGACUUAUGAUCUCAACACCGCUAAAGAGGUGCUCAGGCGCAGGGUGGAAUGUCCCAAGUGA